AAUUAUCAGGUGGUAUUUGAUGAUGGGUUCGGGUUCUAAAUUAUUUUUCUUUAUAACGUUGAUUUAUAUUCUUCUUAUUCUUCUACUGAGUUUUUCUAUAUGACAAAGAAAAUCAAUGAAAUGAGGCAUUUUAUUUUGUUUUCUUAUGAUUAUAAAUUGGUGAUGACUGUGAUCAAGAAUUGAAUUGGAUCAUAUCGGUUCCUUUAAAGAAUCGUUAUCUGGGUAGGCGAGCUUUUUGCAAUAUCUCACACCACCUACCCUUUUGUCACGGAUUCAUUGACCACGUGGCACUAGUUUUUUGGAGAAGAAAGAUCUUCGAUUGCGAUGUUGUUCUUAUUGUUGUUCUUAAUUUUCUUUCAAAGGUAACAUUUUUGUUAGAAUUGUAUAUUUUAUUUUGUUCUAAUAUCUACAUAGGGUAGAUAUAUACGCAUAUAUACAGAUUUGUCUCCGUUAUUUCCUUUUGAAAUUUGUGGAAUUUAGUUCUAGAGGACAGAUGGAUAUGAGUUGGUUUUAUUCAAAGAAGCGUGUUUUGAUUCAUUGAGACGGUACUUUCAUGGUUUUGUACAGUUCGAAGCUUCUGGGUGUUUUAAUGUUUUCUUUUCUUCUAUCGGGUCUGUGCACAAUUGAAUUAGGGUCUUGGGUUUGAAGCUGUAGUCAACUGGUUAAGAGUCAUAUAUCAGCUUUUUUCCGUAGAAGUUGAGUUUAGAUCGAGGUUUAUAAGAGGAGGCUGUGGUUUGUUAAGCAGAUUCAGUUUUUGGAUUUAGAUAAGAAGAGUAGGAGCUGCCCUGGGUGAUUGGGAUGUGAUUAUCUCAAGUUCUUGUAUUGGAGUGCGUUGUGAUAGCAGCAUAGUUUUUCUUUUAGUGUCUGUUAGGAUUUUGUUUCUUAAUUGGAGUUGGAGCUAAAACUUUUGGGAUAAGGUUUCGUAUGAGUGGCAAAUGAAUAUAGCAUGAUGAACGGGGCUGUGAGGAUUGAUUGUAGAUGGAUUCAUCUGACAAGACGUUCUCUGAGCUAGUUGGCCUAUUGAAAUCUUGGAUCCCUUGGCGGUCUGAGCCAUCUAGUGUGUCAAGGGAUUUUUGGAUGCCCGAUCAGAGUUGUAGGGUAUGUUAUGAGUGUGAUUCUCAGUUCACAAUAAUUAACCGUAGGCACCAUUGUCGACUUUGUGGUCGCGUCUUCUGUGCUAAGUGUACAACCAACUCAGUUCCUGUCCCAUCAAGUGAUCCAAAUACUGCAAGGGAAGAGUGGGAGAAAAUUCGGGUAUGUAAUUAUUGUUUCAAACAAUGGCAGCAAGGGAUAACAACUUUUGAUAAUGGAAUCCAGGUUCCUAGCCUGGAUCUUAGUAGUUCACCAUCAGCUGCAAGUUUGGCCAGCUCUAAGUCUACUGGCACUGCUAACAGUAGUAGCUUCACUCUUGGCUCGAUGCCAUACUCGGCUGGAACCUAUCAACGAGCUCAACAAAGUGCAGGUCCCAGCCCACAUCAAACAUCUGAGAUGGAUGUAAAUUCAGAUAAUCAAAUAGAAGUGACAUUGGGAAGGAGCAAUGGUCAUGUUGCAGACAUGAGCUAUCAAUCUCCAAACCCAUAUGCAUUUUCAAGGAACAGGAGUUAUGAUGAUGAUGACGAAUAUGGGGUUUUUCGGGCUGAUUCUGAAGCAAGGCGUUUCCCCCAAGUGAACGAGUACUUUCAUCGAGAUGAGUUUGAUGACAUGAGCAAUGAUGAGGGAUCACAUAAAGCUCAUCUUGAUGGAGAAAAUAUUGACUCAAAAAGUUUAAGCAGCUCUCCCAUAAACCCUAGUUUUGGCUCACAUGGUUUGGAAGGAGGGCAACAACUUGGGGAAAAAAUUGAGCAUGGUAUGGAUGAUGAGGAGGAGACCUCUUCCAUGUAUCCGGGGGAUAACAGGGAUGCUGAACCUGUGGAUUUUGAGAACAAUGGACUUCUCUGGCUUCCCCCAGAACCAGAAGAUGAAGAAGAUGAGAGGGAAGCUGGUUUAUUUGAUGAUGAUGACGACGAUGACGAGGGGCAUGCAGCUGGAGAGUGGGGACGCUUGCGCACCUCAAGCAGUUUUGGAAGUGGAGAAUUUCGUAAUAAAGAUAAAUCGAGUGAGGAGCACAAGAAGGCCAUAAAGAAUGUGGUUGAUGGGCAUUUCAGGGCUCUGGUAUCUCAGUUAUUACAGGUUGAGAAUAUUCCUGUGGGUGAUGAAGAUGAUAAAGACAGCUGGUUGGAAAUCAUUACAUCUCUGUCAUGGGAGGCUGCAACACUGUUAAAGCCAGAUAUGAGUAAAGGUGGAGGAAUGGACCCUGGUGGAUAUGUGAAAGUAAAAUGCAUUGCUUCUGGUCGACGUUCUGAGAGUGUGGUGGUCAAAGGAGUCGUUUGUAAGAAAAAUGUAGCUCACCGUCGAAUGACCUCCAAAAUAGAGAAACCUCGACUGCUCAUCCUUGGAGGGGCGCUUGAGUAUCAGCGAGUUUCUAACCACUUGUCAAGUUUUGAUACUCUGCUGCAGCAGGAAAUGGACCAUCUAAAGAUGGCAGUGGCAAAGAUAGAUGCUCAUCAACCUGAUAUUCUUGUAGUGGAGAAAUCAGUUUCGCGAUUUGCACAGGAAUACCUUCUUGCUAAAGACAUAUCACUUGUUCUCAAUGUCAAGAGGCCACUUUUAGAGCGCAUAGCCCGUUGCACAGGUGCUCAAAUAGUUCCUUCAAUUGAUCAUCUCUCUUCUCCAAAGUUGGGCUACUGUGAUAUGUUUCAUGUGGAAAGGUGUUUGGAAGAUCUUGGUACUGCUGGCCAGGGCGGGAAAAAGUUGGUCAAGACAUUAAUGUAUUUUGAAGACUGUCCAAAGCCUUUGGGCUUUACUAUUUUACUUAGAGGGGCUAAUGGGGAUGAGUUGAAGAAAGUGAAACAUGUGGUCCAGUAUGGAGUUUUUGCAGCAUAUCACUUGGCUCUGGAGACUUCUUUUCUUGCUGAUGAAGGAGCAUCUCUGCCAGAACUCCCUCUGAACUCUCCAAUAACAGUGGCACUCCCAGAUAAACCCUCAAGCAUUGAGAGAUCUAUAUCAACUGUACCUGGUUUUACUGUUCCUGCCAAUGAAAAGCUUCAGGGACCACAAACUAGUAGUGAACCACAGAGAUCCAACAACGUCCCCGUUGCUUAUCUCGACUCAACAAUCAGUUCUAUUGGUCAUGUUGGAAGGAAACCACUAGCUGAUGGUCCUAUCUUUCAAUCCACAGCACCUACGACAUCUUGCAUCAGUCCAACUUCAUUUCUCUCUACUGUUCCUUUUACAGUGAAAGUUGUUUCAGAUUCUUACCGUACUUUUGAGCAGAAAAAUAAGUUUGAAUACGGAGGUUCUCCUGUAUCAGAAACGACUGCAGCUAACAUCAAGGUGGCUGCCAUUGAUGAGCAUCUCACUGUUAAUGGCUUUGGGGUUUCAGAAGGUAUUAUAGAAAAACAUUCUCAAAAUAAUCUUAGCAAAAUGGUUGCUAGUCAGUCGAACAUUGCAGUGUUACCAUCUGCACCAGAAAAUAAAAAUAAUUUGGAGGCGCCGGGAUCUUUGAAAGAAGAAUUUCCUCCAUCACCUUCAGAUCAUCAGAGCAUCUUGGUUUCCUUAUCUUCCCGGUGCGUCUGGAAGGGAACUGUUUGUGAAAGAUCUCAUCUUUUUCGAAUUAAGUAUUAUGGUAGUUUUGACAAACCUUUGGGUCGAUUUUUGCGAGACCAUUUAUUUGAUCAAAGUUACACUUGUCAAUCUUGUGAGAUGCCGUCAGAAGCACAUGUUCAUUGUUAUACGCAUCGACAAGGCACCCUCACUAUAUCUGUUAAGAAGCUAUCAGAAAUACUCCUACCAGGUGAAAAAGAUGGGAAGAUCUGGAUGUGGCACAGAUGCUUGAGGUGUCCCCGGACCAAUGGUUUUCCUCCAGCUACUCGUAGAGUAGUGAUGUCUGAUGCCGCUUGGGGUUUAUCUUUUGGGAAAUUUUUGGAGCUCAGUUUUUCAAACCAUGCAGCAGCAAGCAGGGUGGCAAGCUGUGGUCAUUCCCUGCAUAGGGAUUGUCUUCGUUUUUAUGGAUUUGGGAAUAUGGUUGCUUGCUUUCGGUAUGCAUCAAUUAAUGUUCUUUCUGUAUAUCUUCCACCCCUGAAACUUGAUUUCAACUCUGAGAACCAGGAAUGGAUACAAAAAGAAACAGAUGAGGUUGUUAACCGGGCAGAGCUUCUAUUUUCUGAUGUGCUCAAUGCUCUAAGUCAAAUUGCACAGAAAAAAUCUAGUUUGGGACCAGGUAACAGUGGCAUGAAACUACCUGAAUCAAGACGCCAGAUUGGAGAACUUGAAGCAAUGUUACAAAAUGAGAAGACAGAAUUUGAGGAUUCACUCCAAAGAGCUUUGAACAAGGAAGCGAAAAAGGGUCAGCCUGUUAUUGACAUUCUCGAGAUAAAUAGACUGCGGAGACAGUUAGUGUUCCAAUCUUAUAUGUGGGACCACCGCUUAAUUUAUGCAGCCAGUUUAGACAAUAACAGCCUUCAGGAUGAUUUGAAUUGCUCAAAUACAGGACAUGAGGAAAAAGCCUUCGCCAGUACUGAGCAGCUCAAUGAAAUGAAUGUGAAUGACAAGGCAGGAAAAGGUUUUGGUAGUUUUGACUCUCUUCCUGUAGGGGCAAAGCUGCUUAAAAUUGAUCGCCAAGGGGGACUUGGCAUUAAUUCUGACCAGUCAGAAACAGUCCAUCGAGAUAUAGACAUGAGUCAGGAUCCUAAUCAUGAAAAGAAUGACCGUGCUGAACUUUCUGGGGCCAUGCCCACCUGUGAUCAACCCCAUGGUCUAGAGCACAGUGGAAAUGUUCGCAGGACUCUUUCUGAGGGACAGGUUCCUAUUGUGUCAAAUUUGUCUGAUACCCUUGAUGCUGCAUGGACAGGUGAAAAUCAUCCUGGAAUUGGACUGGUUAAGGAUGACUCCAGUGUGCUUUCUGAUUCAGCUGUAGCAGAUUUGUCAACCACAUCUACAGCAAUGGAGGGACUAGAUUUGUACAGCCAACUGCAAGACCCAAAUGGGUCCAAGGUCAGCAAUGCACUUUCACCUGCAUUGUCUACCAAGGGCUCUGAUAAUAUGGAAGAAGUUGGAGGCUACUUGAGAACGCCUUUCUUAAAUUUCUACCGAUCACUGAACAAGACUUUUUAUGCAAGCCCUGAGAAGCUUGAGACAAUGGGAGAAUACAGUCCAGUCUAUGUGUCCUCCUUUAGGGAGUUGGAACUCCAGGGUGGCGCUAGGCUUCUCCUGCCUAUGGGUGUACGUGAUGUUGUCAUUCCUGUAUUUGAUGAUGAGCCCACAAGCAUUAUAGCUUAUGCACUCCUGUCACCGGAGUAUGAGGACCAACUGGCUGAUGACGGGGAGAGAAUUAAAGAAGGUGGGGAUGCCAAUUACUCCUCAAAUUUAUCUGAUCAUCUGACCUCUCAGUCAUUCCACUCUGCUGAUGAAGUCACCAUUGAUUCUCAUAGAAGCCUUGGAUAUACAGAUGAAAGUAUCCUAUCUAUGUCUGGAUCUCAUAGCCCUCUAGUUUUAGACCCACUCUCUUACACAAAGACUAUGCAUGCUAGAGUUUCUUUUGGAGAUGAAGGCCCACUUGGCAAGGUGAAAUAUUCUGUGACUUGUUACUAUGCAAAGAGGUUUGAAGCCUUAAGGAAUAGAUGUUGCCCAUCUGAGCUUGAUUUUAUAAGGUCUCUCAGCCGCUGUAAGAAGUGGGGAGCUCAAGGUGGAAAGAGCAAUGUCUUCUUUGCAAAAACCUUGGAUGAUCGCUUUAUUAUCAAACAAGUCACAAAGACAGAAUUGGAGUCAUUUAUAAAAUUUGCUCCUGAAUAUUUCAGGUACCUCUCUGAAUCAAUUAGCUCAAGAAGUCCAACAUGCCUGGCGAAAAUUUUGGGGAUUUAUCAGGUUACAUCAAAGCAUCUGAAAGGUGGAAAAGAAUCAAAAAUGGAUGUGCUGGUCAUGGAGAACCUACUUUUCGGAAGGAAUGUAACCCGCCUCUAUGAUCUUAAAGGAUCUUCUCGAUCACGAUACAAUCCUGAUUCUAGUGGGAGCAAUAAAGUUCUGCUGGAUCAGAACUUGAUUGAAGCAAUGCCAACUUCUCCUAUUUUUGUUGGAAACAAGGCAAAGAGGUUGUUGGAGAGAGCCGUCUGGAACGAUACUUCUUUUCUUGCGUCCAUCGAUGUAAUGGAUUAUUCAUUACUGGUUGGGGUGGAUGAACAAACGCAUGAAUUAGUUCUUGGAAUCAUUGAUUUCAUGAGGCAAUACACUUGGGACAAGCACCUGGAAACAUGGGUGAAGGCGACGGGCAUACUUGGUGGGCCGAAGAAUGCAUCCCCAACUGUUAUUUCUCCCAAGCAAUACAAGAAAAGGUUUAGGAAAGCAAUGACUACCUAUUUUCUGAUGGUUCCAGAUCAGUGGUCACCUCCCCUUCUGAUUCCUAGUAAAUCACAGUCUGAUUUGUGCGAAGAGAAUACACAAGGUGGGACUUCAGUUGAAUGAUCUGUGUGCUUGUACAUUUAAAUGUGCACUUUGGGACAAUUGUCCCACAUGAUUUUUCUGAUGUUCAUAUCUUCUUCUAUCUUUCUUUUUUUCUUCCUUAAUUUUUUAUUCUUUUUUGGUAGGAAUACGUGUGUAUGUUUAGUUAAAAGAGAAAAGUUCAUAAUUAUUUGUUAGGAGAAGCAGAAAAAGGCUGUUAAAGGCCACAGGAAUUUCAGGUAGAGGCAUGAAAUUGGAUAGCCUCUCCAUGAAAUCUCUGCAUAUUGUAUUUAUUCAUAUAUUCAAUGGCUGUUCAGGGGAAUAUAAUGUUUUGUAUUCUAGCACUUGAGAUUUUGGUAAUUAAUUCCCAACAACUAUAUUUUGUUA